AUGAAACUGGAAGAAAUGGCUGAGCAGAAUUAUACUACAGUGACUGAGUUCGUUCUUCUUGGCUUCACAGCUCAUGAACACACACAGGUAGUCCUCUUUGUGCUCUUCCUAGCCAUCUACGCAGCUACAGUGGUGGGGAACAUCGGCCUCAUCAUAGUAAUCUGGAUGAGUCCCAGCCUUCACAGCCCCAUGUACUUUUUCCUCAACCACUUGGCCUUCCUAGACCUCAGUUAUUCCUCCACCAUUACCCCCAAGAUGCUGGUCAAUUUCAUAGUCAAGAGGAAGACCAUUACAUUUGGAGGAUGCAUCGCACAAAUGUAUCUCUUCGCUUCCUUUGCAGAUGUGGAGUGCCUCCUGCUGGCUGCCAUGGCGUACGACCGCUACAUGGCCAUUUGUCACCCACUGCCCUACCCAGCCUUCCUCUCCCACAAGAGGUGCAUCUGUCUGGUAACAGGCUGCUAUCUCACAGGCAGCAUGAGCUCUUUGGUGCACACUAGUUUAACAUUACACCUUUCCUUCUGCAGUUCCAAUGCCAUCAACCAUUUCUUCUGUGACAUCCCUCCCCUGUUAGCCCUCUCCUGCUCCAGCACCCACAUCAAUGAAGUCCUUCUCUUCACCCUGUGUGGUUUUAUCCAAUCAAGCACUUUCUUGUUUAUCCUUAUUUCCUAUGCCUGUAUCCUUUCUACCACUUUGAGGAUCUGCUCUGCAGAAGGCCGCUACAAAGCCUUUUCCACUUGCACAUCCCAUUUGAUGGCCGUUGCCCUUUACUAUGGCACCCUCCUUUUCAUGUACGUACGUCCUAGUUCCAGUUACGCCCUGGAUACAGACAAAAUCAUCUCUGUUUUUUAUACUGUGGUUUUUCCCAUGGUGAACCCCUUGAUCUACAGCCUGAGGAACAGAGAAGUAAAGGAUGCACUCAGGAGACUCAUCAUAACCAGGAACUGA